AUGUCUUGGACUCCCACAUCUCUCGCCAGUGCUCCUCCGGCCGCUCUUGAUUUGUCGGACGACGAUUGGACGGAGCCCAGGAAGGAAGAUAUUCCCCCACGGGAUGCCUCGUUUGACGACACCUGGGACUUUCUCGAGGCCGGUCUCGAGCGAAUUUACACUGUCAAAGCCAACCCAGCCCUCGGUCCUUUCUCGUAUACCUACUACUCCGAACUAUAUGCGCAUGCCAACUCUUUGGCAUGGAGUACUUUUCCUCGCACCGGUCGUACCACUACGUUUCUGUACUUGAGACCCGAAGAUAUCAUUUUGGAGUUGAUGUACGCCAAGCUGAAGCAGUUUUUCAGGACCAAAGCACAAGAUGCCGCAGAUACCCUUGCUCGUCCUGAGGCAUGGGAGGACUUCAUCGAUCUCUACACUCAAGCAUGGGAUGUAUAUUUCAGUUCCGCACGUUUUGUCAACAAUCUAUUCAGGGGUCUCAACUAUAGAUUCGCCGAUACUGCCGGGACUCCAGCGAAUGAACGGUGCAGGGUAGUGGAUAGGGGGAUAGGCGUCCAGAAGCUUGCAUUCAAUAUAUGGAAGGAAACACUCUUCGGUCAAGAUAUCAAGAGCAGCUACACUGCCAAACAUCUCGACAUUGCGCUUCACGGCAUCGGUCAAAGAGACUCGGUCGAUAGCUCAAAGGUGACAGAAGCUGAGAAGGUGCGCGUGGGGAUGGUCGAAGACAGUCUUGUCAGCUUGAGCAGGUAUAUUGCCGAGUCUGCGGGUCAAGAGCCUGAAGAGGAUGAUGGCGAACCUCUCGAAGAGUUCUGGCAGGCGCUUCUCCCCUCCUUUGCGUCUCCUCCCCCGCAAUCUCAUGCCAACCUUACGACAGUUACCGAGCCCUCCCAAAACAUCCUUUCCCGUCAACUCGACCUGCUCAUGAAAGACCCCAACCGAGACCCCCGUCAAUCUUUCCGCCACGCCGCUUCCGCCACCUCAUCCUCCAACGUUCCCUCGGCUACCAACCCUAGCGCGGGGUUUGAGCUUGCCUGGUGUUGA